AUCUAAAUACGGGUAGGAAAACACCUUGUCAUCGGACGUCCGUGUGUCAGAGACUGGGUGAAAUAAGAGGAGAAAAAAUGUCAGCAAACUGUAAAUUUAGCUCAUGUAGCGGCUGAAACUGACCGGUGAGAGAGAAUUUCCCUUCUGAGAGAGAGAACAGAUACAGGAGCUGAAUUGAGGAGGAAUUGAGUGGUGAUGGUGGGUUAUGACCCAGGCAGUGCCACCCUCUCUCCGGAGGAAGCCGCCCUGGCGGGGUCAGCGGCGGGCAUGGUGACCCGCGCCAUCAUCAGCCCGCUGGACGUACUGAAGAUCCGCUUCCAGCUGCAGGUGGAGCGCGUCUCAUCCUCCAGACCCGAAGGCAAGUACAGAGGCAUCGUCCAGGCGUGGCGGUGCAUUCUGGGAGAGGAAGGAGUCACCGCGUUCUGGAAAGGUCACGUCGCCGCCCAGCUGCUCUCCGUCUGCUACGGAGCCGUACAGUUUGCGAGUUUCCAGGCUCUGACCGAGCUCGUCCACAACACGACUCCCUACAACAGCCAGGCGGGCGGCAUCCACUUCCUGUGCGGCGGAAUGGCAGCGUGUUCAGCCACCGUGGCCUGCCAACCUCUCGACACCCUGCGCACUCGCUUCGCCGCUCAGGGAGAACCCAAGGUGUACCGGAACCUGCGCCAUGCCGUGCGCACCAUGUACACCCAGGAGGGGGCGCGCACCUUCUACAGAGGCCUCACGCCCACGCUGGUGGCUGUGUUCCCCUACGCCGGCCUUCAGUUCUUCUGCUACAACGUCCUGAGAAAGCUGCUCCAGCAAGACGGAAAGACGUCCAGGGGUGGUCUGCAGAGCUUUGUGGCUGGAAGCGUGGCUGGAGUCAUCAGCAAAACCAUGACGUACCCGUUUGACCUGUUUAAAAAACGCCUGCAAGUGGGGGGAUUCGAGGAGGCCCGGGCACACUUCGGACAGGUAAGGACGUAUCACAGCUUCCUGGACUGCAUGGUGAGCGUCGCCCGAGAGGAGGGACCGUCCGCCUUCUUUAAAGGACUCUCGCCCAGCCUGCUGAAGGCCGCCAUGUCCACCGGACUCACCUUCUUCUGGUACGAGUUCUUCACCAACACCGUCUCCAACAUGAAGAGGAGGAGGUGACCCGAACGUAAGACGAGGGGCGACGUGUGCCAAAACUUUGACUUUUAAAGAUUUUAUACGCAUCCUGAUCUGUUUUUAAAUAAGCGGCGUGAUUGAUCAUGUACACGAUGAUACACAGAGGGAAGUUGAGUAACUGAGGGAGCAAAGUUAUCCAACACCUAUAUCACCCCUGUAAAUAAAUCAUUUACUUUUAUCCAAAGCAACUUACAGUACAGUGACAAUGUAUUGUCUAAGCAAUCAAGACUUAAGGGCCUUGCUCAAGGGCCCAACAGUGGCAGCCUGGCAGUGAUGGGGCUUGAACCAGCAACCUUUCGAUUACUAGUCCAGGACCUUAACCGCUAGUCUACAACUGCACUGCAACUAAAUCAGAAAAGCUGAGAGAUCACACGAUUACAGGGACGUUUCUAAAUUGCUAGGACUCCACCGAACCACACCGAGAGCUGUUAACGACACCCAAUUUAGUCAUUUCCGGCUCCCUGCUGCGUGUUUUCUGUUCCCAGUCCCAGUAUUAGCCGAUCGCUUUGUAUUUACCGGCCAGCAUGAAGAGUCUUGCGCUCCAGGCUCUCUACUGUAUGUCCAAAAGUAUUUGGACGCCUGGUAUAUAGGCUAUAAUAGAUGCAAACAAGACAGCCAAGUCCAUAUUAAGAGCUAUAACGUUACAAAUGGGACGUCCAACAAGCUCAUACUCAACAAAGGUGUCAACAUACUACACUGUACAGCCAAAAGUAUUUGGACGCCUGAUGUAUAGGCUAUUAUAGAUGCAAACAAGACAGCCAAGUCCAUACUAAUGGUUGUAAUAUUGAGAAUGGGACGUCCAACAAGCUCAUACUCGGGUGUCAAUAUAUUACACUGUAUGGCCAAAAGUAUUUGGACGCCUGACGUCUAGGUUAUUAUAGAUGCAAACAAGACAGCCAAGUCCGUAUUAAGAGCUAUAACAUUAAGAAUGAGACGUCCAACAAGCUCACGGUCAGGUGUCAACAUACUACACUGUACGGCCAAAAGUAUUUGGACGCCUGGUGUCUAGGCUAUUAUAGAUGCAGAGAGGACAGCCAAGUCCAUAUAAAUGGCCAUAAUCUUGAGAAUGGGACGUCCAACAAGCUCAAACUCGGGUGUCAACAUACUACACUGUACGGCCAAAAGUAUUUGGACGCCUGACCAUGGGCUUGUUGGAACAAACCUGUGUGUGAUCUUUCAGCUAGAACAACAGCCACUCUUCUAAGAGGGCUUCUCACAAGACUUUAAGUAUGUCUGUGGGAAUUUGUGCCCAUUCAGUUAAAAGAUGGCAGCAUUUGUGUGGCUGUGAUGUUCCGGUUUAUUCCAGAGCUGUUGAGUGGGGCUGAG